UGUUGAGUCUUGCGGAGCCAAUAAGCUGGGACCGGAUACGAUAUAUCCUCUGGGACAACAGCUAGUGCACCCCCUUCACUUCCACAUGACGCCAUUUACAGCAUAAACCCGACCUACUCUCCGGAACGAAGAAAAAACAAGAGCAAAUUCAAAUUCAGCUUGCGCACCGCAACGCUUCUUCAUGAGAAGAUAUUCAGACUUUUUAUGAACUCGGCUCAUUUUGUUGGAUUUCUGGAACUUUUGGCAAAAUAAGCGGUUAAUAUUGCCAAAGUUAAACCGCUGGUGAUUUACAUUACGUUCUACUUGGAAUAAACUUCCGACAUCAUCGGGAUUUUUGUGAAUGUAUCUCCCAAUGAAUUGAGGAUUAACCAAAGAGAAAUUCCUACUAGUAGAAUAUACUCUUCACAACACAAAUAGGGGGUUGAGGUGGUAAGAUCACGGACUUCAGAUGUGUUCAAUGCCAGCCGGAGGGUUCCCACUUCAGAGUAAAGAUGGAGACGAGAUCUCAAAAUGGCAGCAGCGGCUCCCCCGGUUUGCUGCGAGCUUUGCGUGACACUGGCAGACCCCAGGCUGGGGACCCGGAUCCUUGGGAUGGUCAGGUGCUCUCCCUGGAGCAGAUCAGGACCAUCCGAAGCAGCAAUGAGUACACAGAGGGCCCAACAGUGGCGCCGCCGGCCUCCCAGCAAAAAAUGGACUCUCAACCUUCUAGCCCUUCUUCCUACACCUCCAAUGAGGAGCAUAGAAGCUCCCAGAGGGCACAACGAGUUUCUCAAACACCUCAACAACCCCCUCAGUCGCCGAGGAGCACCGUAAGCAGAUCCACCAGUUCCACCAGUGAUGGUUUGCGCAACAGCGCGCGGGCCAGUAUGAGCAGCACCUCGUCGAAGCAAAGACUUUUGGUGAAUACAGGUGAUCGAAUUGUGAGAGUGCAACCUAAACGUUCAGAUCUGAAACAAGACAACCUCAAGCCCCUUGCUGUGCCCGGAGUGAAGGAAGAUGAUAAGAAACACUCAAAUCGGUGCACCGAAUGCGGUCGCUGCAAGUGCGAAAGGUGCACAUGCCCUCGAAAUUUGCCUUCUUGUUGGAUGUGUGGUCGCAGGUGCCUUUGCUCUGCAAUGACAACGAUGGACUACGUCACCUGCGUUUGUUGUGUCAAGGGCCUUUUCUACCACUGCUCGAGUGAUGACGAGGAUGUGUGCGCAGACAAACCUUUCUCUUGCAGCCAGUCCCAUUGUUGUUUGCGCUGGUCGGCCAUAAGUGUCCUGGCACUGUUCUUGCCCUGCCUCCUUUGCUACCUUCCAGCAAAGGGUUGCGUGGCGCUAUGUCAGACAUGCUACAACUGCACCAAUCGACCAGGCUGUCGCUGCAAAAACAAAGGAGUGGACAUAUAAAGGAAACAUGAUUCGCAGAGUAGCACGGCAUAGAUAACUUUAUCUGGACGAUUCCGACACACCCAGAGCUGUGGAAAUAUUCGCAAAUUGUUUUGGCAUUAUAGAUGAUAAGGGGACAUUGGAUUGACAAAAACUGGUUUGAAGUGGUUUGUUUGUUUUGCUUUUCACUUUAAGAGAGGGAAAUGUGUCACAAAAACGUCCCCCUUUUUCUUUUUUUUUAACUGAAUUCCAGAAAGUUAGCCCUAUUGGCAUUCACUAAUAUGACUGAUAAAGGUGACAGACUCUCCUAACUAACUGCUUGUGAAUAGUAUCUGCAAAAUUAGUAAAUGAGCUCUGUUACUGAAAUAUUUUAUUUUUGUACAUAUAUUUCAACUGUGAAAAACAGAGGCACCUUGAGAGAUCCAUAUAUAUAUAUAUA